CAGCUAAUGGUGAACUUCUGCCUCUGAUGUUGACACUUUGCUCAGAAGCUUGUUUUUCUCUCCUCACGCCACAUAAACACCUUUACCCUUCUUGUGUCCAGCGUGGCGUCGGCUCCUCCACUCUGAGGUUUGUUGAGUGGCUCUGCAGAACUGAAUGAGGUGCGGUCUUCUGCCAGUGCUGUUUUGUAAGUGCUGCUGCUGCCAGGAUGGGCCAGCAGAUCUCAGGUCAGGCGGUGCUGACCCGUCUGCCUGAGAAGCUGGUGAAACACGCCCAGCUGGUACGUGACAGUGGCUACCUCACCUACGAGGAGUUUCUGGCAAGAGUGGCCGAACUUAACGACGUUACGGCCAAGCUAGCUGCUGGACAGCAGAAGCACCUGCUGUUUGAGGUGCAGCCAGGAUCCGAUGCCACAGCCUUGUGGAAGGUGGCUGUCAGGAUCGUCUGUACCAAGAUCAACAAGGAAAGCGGUAUGGUUGAAGCAUCACGGAUCAUGAACCUGUAUCAGUUCAUCCAGCUGUACCAUGACAUCACCAGUCAGGCUACUGAGGUGCUGUCUGCAGAGGGCGCCAGCGAGGGCCCAUCUGCCCAGCUCCCCUCCACAGACUCCUGCCAGGCCAGCAUGUGGAUGGGCAGAGUGAAGCAGCUGACUGAUGAGGAGGAGUGCUGCAUCUGCAUGGAUGGAAAGGCCGACCUUAUCCUGCCCUGUGCACACAGCUUCUGCCAGAAAUGUAUUGAUAAAUGGAGUGGGCAGAGCCGAAACUGUCCGAUUUGUCGCCUGCAAGUGACUGCUGCCAAUGAAUCAUGGGUCAUGUCUGAUUUCCCCACAGAGGACGACAUAGCCGGCUACAUCCUCAACUUGGCUGAUGAGGCAGGCCACCCACACAGGCCUUAACUUAACAAGUGAAAUCGACCCACACCAAGUAGACUUUGCAACACAAAAUGCCACUUUCACUGAGGAGGAGAUAUUUUCUUUCUCUAAAAAGCUAACAACGCAGAAUAAACCAGCGUGGUUUCAGUGAUAGAUUCAGAGCAUGAAACUGGUAAUGCUUUAUUUUAAAGGUCCCCUGUUCUCCAGCUGAUUUCUUGGAUACCCAGGAAAUAAUUCCCUAUAAACUGGCUAGUAUUUAAUUGUAAAUUACAAGGAUAUUUCCAAGGGCUUCAAAAUUUGGUACUAAAUAUAAAGGACAUGGAGAAAGUUAUGGAGUACUUGCUGGUCUGUGGAAAUUAGGUAGAAAUAUGUUUGUAAGUAUGACAGCUGAGUGAAUUUUAUAGCAUGUAGUGUGUUUUAUUUGUUGUAUCAGUUUGAAACACAAAACUAAGGAAUAUCCAAUUUAGCUGAAAAGUACAGCUGUGUGAAACUGAAUCUGUAAUAUAUGGCAGUUGAAAGAGGAAGAGGAAAAUUAAGAGUUUUGUUGAUCUUUCUAGGAAACUCGGAUACAUAUUGAAAUCUGUCGAAACUAGGAAAUUAGCUAGUAAUGUAACCAGUGGGUGCUUUAUAACUGUAGCAACUAACACUUUGUCCAUUUCCCUUAUAAUUGCUACUAAAUGGAGUGGGCCCAUCUUUGAAUCCUCUCUCAGAAAUAUCCAAGUAAUUUACAACUAAAUUCCAGCUAAUUAUUAGGAAAUUAUGAGUGAAGUAUCCAGGAAAUGAGCUGGAAAACAUGGCAUCCGUUGCCAUGAAACCCUGUCUCUUUAAGUCCUAAAAAUCCCAGGAUGCUCUUUGUAACCCACGUAUCGUAGAUGUGGUGCUUUAUGGGAACUGUGUGUGAUAAUAUAUUGUCUGAAGUGAAAAUUCAGUAUUUGUGGUAUGCUAUAAUAAAUUAUAAUCCUUUAAUUUAACACACAGAAUAACCAAAAGUACAGCUCUUACAGUACGGGAUGGGUUGAUUUAUCCAACAUGGGAGAAAAAGACAAACCAGAAACUUUAUAAUAUGAAUGCUCAUCCAAGUUGAAGUUGCCUUUCAUGUUAAUAUGAAUGGGACAGAAGAUGAGACUGAAGAGGUGAACUUAAGUCAGCUCUCAUAUUCAGAGAGGGAUGAUAACUAUGACUCCCUAUAUAAUCAUAUUUAAAUUUAAAAGAAUAGUUAAACAUUUUGGAAAAUAUUUGCUUACUGUCAGAGAGCUAAAUGAGAUGAUUGAUACCACUUUCAUGUCUGUUUGUUAGCUUGUUACCUGACAAUAGCUCAGAGCCAAGAAAUAGUCUGGCACACACCCCCCCCUAAAACUUUAAACUGAUGUUUUUAUACUUAAAUUUUUGUAUGGAUGUGUUGAUUAGUGAGUUUUAGAAGUGUUGGUAGGUGAAUUUUGAUAGCUUUGGACAGCUGUUUCCCCUUGUUUCCAGUCUUAAUGCUAAGCUAAGCUAACUGGCUCCAGGCUGCAGGCUGUAGCCUUCUGUACAACAGACAGAUUUGAGAGUGGUAUCGAUCUUGUCAUCUACAAAUAAGCACAUUUCCCAAAAUUGCUUCUAGUGCAAAUAUAAGAUACCAAACACACCACCUUUAUGCCAGAGCAUCUGGUCAAACUGUGAAGCCAAAUUUAUUUUCCACAUGUAAAGCUGUUGUGUAGUCCGUGCAAUGUAACCCUGCAUGUUUAUAUCUCACAUGACAUGCCUUAUGAUCCGUGUUAUGUGAACAUGUUACAAACUGAAGCUCCGAUCGACUACUGACCUGAUGUAGUGAUAGUAUUUCAGGUGAACAGGACUAAUUAGUUUUAUAUGAUUUAAUGACUUGACUUGCUCUGGUGUCUUCUUUGCUAUCUGAAAUAACCACUAUUUGUCAUGUAUGCUGUUCUCAAUCUUCUUAAUUUUUUUAAAAUAUUUUUUUUCCAUUCUAUAAUUGUAUUAAGAUUAUUUUUGAUCUGAUUGCUGUAGAAGUACUGUAGUUCACAAGCCCAAAACAGCCAUUCUUAUCUCUGCUUUGUCAUGCUGUUAAUUCAAGAUAAUAGAUUUAAUGAGAUAGGCAGCUUUUCAGUCACAACUGACAUUUUGUAGGAUCGCAGUUAUGUAGAAUUGAAAGCCACAAAAACAGUUUUGAGCUUUUCUGCCCUGGUUUCCAAAUCAAAUAAAUCACAGAGAGUACUUAUAGUUAAGUGGACGUGGUUGUGAUUUAUGUGAACUGGAUCCAUGCUGAAGUAUUUUAUGAAAUGUGAAUAUGUAUUCAUUUUCAUUAGUGAUAAAUUUCUAUUUUACUAAAAUCUAAUUCUUUAUUUAAAGUUGUAGAGAUAUAAAUUGCUCAUUCAGUUUUAUUUUGUGUGAUAUUGUGUGAGUAAAUCAACUUUGCAUUUGGUCACGUUUAGAUAUUUUAAAAUGUUUUUCCUAGUAUCAAACAAUAACUCCAUUCAAUUAUUCAACAGUAAAGUAACAUACAUAUUUUAAUUUCACACAGUAGAUAUUUACUAUAUACCUUUUUGAUUUCUGUUCCGUUAAUAGACCAUAAAAGAAAUUUUAUUGGACUGAAAGUAAUUUUUGGUUGUCGAUGCUGACAAAUUGCACUUUGAAACUUCACUGUAGCUUUCUUGGUGUUUUUGCACAACUACAGAGGAUUUUAUCUCUGUGGUGGAAAAUAUUAUCUGACACUGUAAUCCAACAGCAGUUGAGACUUAUCUGCACUAAAAAAUGUGCAGCACUAGGCUUUUUUUCACCAAAUUAAGCAAGAGUUUGAUCACAGGCAGUCUGAUCUAGUGGCCACAUGACUGCAUAGUCCAUUGAGACGUUAUUAAACAUUUGAUAUGAGAAAUGUUCAUGAUAGAUUACUAUAAAACAUCUGAUCCUGCAUACACACAUGUAUGUUAAUGUCUUUGAAAAUGCCCUAAGCACACAAAUUGCUGUGUAAUGUAACAUUUCAACCUUAAGGUGGUAGCAUUAUCCUAAAUUGGACAUGAGGCUUAGCAUUAUUGAAGACAUUUUAUUUGCAAAGUUGAAUGAAUGGAGGUGUAUUAAAACUGAAUUUACUCAGUUUAUUAUACUGUAUUUAUCCUUAAUAAAGAGAUACUCACUUUUUGCACUUUAAAAGACUUUGUGUUCUGAUGGACUUAAAGGUUGACAUCACUCUAUCUUCACUGUCUUUUUAUUUAAAAACAAGUUGUAUAAUUGACCAUCUAAAAGGUUCAUCUCAUUUAAACAUGCAACUGAAAUCUUAUGCAAUAAAAACCUACAUGCUGUCAUGUACCAAUGAUGAAACAUUAAAAAUAUGUGCUAUAUAGUU